AUGUUCAGACCCGCGGCCGCCCGUCAAGCCAUCAAGGCUCUCAACCAUGCCUCUCGCCCAGCUGCAUUGACCGCUACCUCGCGGCCAGCCGUGACGAGCUCCAUCCGCUGCAUAUCCUCCACAACUCGACGUGCAAAGAACGACGAUGAAGAGAAAAUUAAGAAUGACCCCCUCCUAACGGCAACGACAAAGGCCCCCGAGGGGACAUUAGGUGAAACAGAGGGUCGUUUUGCCCGGACGGACGAGAGCCUGCAGAUCGAAUACCCGGACGACGAACAUAUGCCGCGUUCGCCCGUUGUCCAAGGACGCGGUGGAAUGCACUUCAAGCGGACGCUGGCUCAGUUUUCCCUGGAGAACAAGGUCACCCUGGUCACUGGCGGAGCUCGCGGUUUGGGAUUGGUCAUGUCUCAGGCUCUUGUUGCGUCGGGGUCGGACCUUGCAAUUGUGGAUUUGAACAAGAAAGAAGCUGAAGAACAGGCACUGAAACUGGUGGAGCAGUUCCGCAAGGAAAACCCCGGGUUGGAGCAAAUGCCAAACGUGACCGCUCACUACGCCGACGUGGCCAACCCCGACUCCGUAAAUGCCGCCCUCGCCGAGGUCAUCUCCAAGCACGGCCAAAUCGACAGCCUCGUCACCUCCGCCGGCUUCACCGAGAACUUCGACGCCAUUUCUUACCCCCACGACCGGAUCCAGAAGCUCUGGGGAGUCAACGUGGAUGGCACAUACCUGUUCGCGACGGGCGUUGCGAAGCACCUCAUGGAACGCAAGGUCCCCGGCAGCAUCGUGAUGAUCGGUAGCAUGUCCGGAGCCAUUGUCAACGUUCCCCAGCCCCAAGCGCCGUACAAUGCCGCGAAAGCCGCCGUUCGGCAUCUGGCUGCUUCGCUGGCCGUCGAGUGGGCCGGUCACGAUAUCCGAGUCAACUGUAUCAGUCCGGGCUACAUGCUGACUGCUUUGACCCGCAAGAUUCUAGACGAGAACCCCGAGCUGCGAGAUAAGUGGAUCUCGCUCAUUCCUGCCGGGAAGAUGGGUACCCCUGAGGAUCUGAUGGGUGCUGUUACGUUCCUCCUCAGCGAUGCCGCGAAAUACAUCACCGGUGCGGACCUCCGUGUUGAUGGUGGCUACACUCUUACUUAA